AAGACAGAACGAGGAGGCACGCAGCCAUGGAUCUACGGUAUUUGGAGGAUUUGGAAAGCCGUGUCGCCAUACCCAGGGCGAAUAAUUUGGAAAAACGACACCGGAGAACGAACGGCCCGGGGUGUCACUUGAAGGUCGCUGCGUUGUGGACAGCUGGACUCGAGGAGGGGAAAAGCCAAGGUUACACAACGGCAUCCGAGGAAGCACAGAGGCGCGCGGGCUGCGCAACGUGAGUCUGCGCGUGAUCCCGCCGGCCGUGCAGCGCGGCGACCACGCGUCGCUCCUCUGCCAGUACGACCUGGAGAAUGAGCCGCUCUACUCCGUCAAGUGGUACCGCGGCCGCCACGAGUUCUACCGCUACUCCCCCAGCGAAGACCCCGCCACCAAGAUCUUCGCCUACCCCGGGAUACACGUCGAUCACCAAAAUAUCACCUCGCCCAACGCCGCGCGGAGCGCUAUGCGGCCGACCUGCUGCCUGCCGGCGCUGCUCCUGCUGGCGCUUGGCUGCGCUGCCGCCAGAUAGCUCCAGGAUCGCGGCGGCGCCGUCGCCAGCGCGGCGGCGAGGAGCAGAAGCAACGGCAGAGGCAGUGGCAACAGCGUUCUGUGUUCAGUGUUUCCGUUUUUUAAAUAAAGAGAAUUGUAGAUCCCGAUGCAAGAAAAUGUGGGCGCCCAAGAAUCAUGGAAGACUUAAAAAACUAGUCAUGUGAGGAGAAUACAAGUUUAAAAAAAAUAGAGAAAAAAUGAAAUAAGAUUAGUGAAUUUGUAAAGACGUGAAUUCGAGGAAAAUUUAAUUUUUGAGUUUGGAUUUUGUCAUUUCGUUCGGGCAAUAUCUGUGUUCUUGAACAUAACUGAGCCUACUUUACCUUAAUGAAAAUCGAAAAUUGUAUGAAAAAUGAUAUGUUCAAUAACACAACUAAAAUAAUAACGCGAAAUGACAAAAUUUCUUGAUAAAUCCUCAAUAAUUAUCAAUGAUGUUGUGAAAUCAAGACGAACUCAUCACAAAGAGAAGUAUUUGGACACUGAUUGCCGCAUUACGAUUGAUAAAAAAAAUGUUGCGAACUUUCUGAUAUAGAUUUGAAUCUUUAAAAGACAAAUGUUGGAAUUAUUGUUGUACAUAUUUGCCUGUUGUAUAUGGCAACACAUUUUUACAGUGGCUUCUAGAAUAUAAGAGAAAAAGGUUGUCUACCUUAGGAGGAGAUACAAAAAUUACCUAGGAAGCUAGUAGAUUAUGUAAUGAUUAUGAAAAAUACCAAACAGCGGGGUGUCUACGCAUUUCUAGAACAUCUCAACAAAUUAUAUAUUUGAAAAAGUGUUAUGAGAAUUUUACUUUGCAUGAAUUUUUUUGUCAUCUCUCCAAAUAUGCGCGAAUGAAUGAAUAUUUUUAUAUAAUUUGCAAGUACAUAAAUGCGUCCACGACAGCGAGCCGAUAAUCACUAGAGAGGAAAGUAAAAAGAAAAUGGUGCUGAAUUCGCUGGAUGGCGUCUGUUCAUCGCGAUGAGUAGAAGAUGGUUCACAGGUUGUCGUCACGCCUGGCGUGAAGUAAUCAAUUACACCUUCCAAAUCGCCUAACCGCUGCUCUGCUGAACAUUUGCAAUUAUUGAAUGAAAGUUUUCAAAUUGCCACAGCGAUAAUAAAUUUUCUUUUUUUCUCUAUAAUCUGAAUAUUAUUCCAUCUCAAUUACUCCUUGGAAUACAAUUCAAAAUUCUAACUUCCGAAUAAGGAAAUUACAGAGACGUGUUAACUAUUUACUUGCGCGCAUAGUUUAUAAGUUUUUAGAAUCUGCCAUAUUUAGGAAAGAGGGGCACAUUUAUUAUAAGAACAAUGUUUUGUAAAUUUCCUAAAUUUAAGAAAGUAAAACUACCUAGUAUUGUUUUCUUGAAAAUUAUUUGUGGAUUUUAUAAUAUUUAUAUAUUAUUUAAUAUUCUCAACACGUUAAAUAGUAAGUUCGAUAUCACUUCGAUGUCAGUUAAGUUUAAUCAAAUGAUCGAUCACUAUUUCUAAGCCUUCAUUGCUCAUUUCAAGCUCAUUGAAAUUAAUCAGUUCAAUUUUCAAGACAGCAACCAUUCACUUAAAAAAGUGGCUAAGUACAAAAGUUAUCAAUUCGAAGUUAAACUUAUUAGUUCAACAAAUGACAUCACAUUACAUAAUAAUUCGUGUUUCAAAGCUCAAAAAAAAAUUAAAGCAGUUUCGAUAUGUACUAGAAUCUGUCGGAAAACGUCCAGGGAUUUGGGAGUUGAACAGAAGUGCUUACCUGUAUCUUCCAUUGCUGUUCAAAAACAGAGACUUUUAGACAUAAUGACACAUGUUGGACGACAUUAUAUUAUUGACUUUUAUGAACAAAGAUCUGUCUGUAUCCCAAGGGAAUCUAAAGUAAACAAAAUAAUGGCAUGUAUAAUUUGCUCAUACCUUGUGGCUUGUGCCUCUCGUUACGUUUAAAGCCUUCAUUUCAUGUUGCAUUCCCCAGCAAAACGUGAAACGUCAGGCACCAUAAUUUGCACCCGAACGCCACAAAUUUGAAAUUCAUUACUGUAAUCUUCCCGAGAUGAAGGUGUUUGCUCAGCAGAGCGGCGCGGGGCAAGAAAGGGCAAGUUGUUAGGCAGGUAGACACCCCGCCACGACGAGGCCGCGAGGCGAAUCUCCCACCACGAUGCAAACACUCCUCUCUCUCUCCCCCUCUCCCAAGCGCCUUUCUGCGAACGACGCCAAGAAGCAUUUCUGGUCGAUCCAAUGGGCAUUGCGGGUUGCAUAUACUUGCGUUUAUAACCUUUUACGUUCUUUUUCCUUCUCUCUUAUUUGGAUGUACAGCGAAUUCUGAUGAACUUGAUAUCGAAUAAAUGACACUAAAAAU